AUGGAGAGCUCUUCCCGCUUCAGGGGCAUUCCCGAUAUCAUCUAUGGAACCGCUUUCAAGUUUGACGAUACAGCGGCUCUGGUCGCGGUUGCACUCAAGGCCGGCUUCCGUGCAAUUGACACUGCAGCCAACAAACCACAGUACCAAGAGGCGCUAGUUGGAGAAGGCAUUGCAGCGGCACUUGAAUCAGGUGUCAUGCAGCGCAGCGAAUUAUUUAUCCAAACCAAGUUCAGCCCUGCCAAGGCUGGGAGAGAUCCAGCUAUCUAUCCAUAUGAUACCACCAAAAGCAUCCCGGAGCAGGUAGAAGAGUCGCUGUCGUCGUCACUCACCAGACUCGGCGUCACCUAUAUCGACGGCCUUGUCUUGCACUCUCUCUACCCAAACAUUGAAGAUACUCUGACGGCAUGGCGAGCGAUGGAGUCCUUCGUACCGUCCAAAGUAUCCUAUCUCGGUCUUUCCAAUGUCGACGUGGAUUCGUUACGCCAGGUCUACGACGCGGCCACGGUAAAGCCAAGCAGCAUCCAGAACCGCUUCACCCAAGACACAGUCCCAAACCCCGAUGCUGACUUGCCGCCUGGCUUACCGUACCCGGAUGUUGCAUAUGAUAGAGAUGUUCGCGAAUACUGCAAGACGACUAACAUCACAUAUGUUCCUUGGGGUGUGCUGUGGAGCAAUCCGGCCAUUUUAGAUGACGACCCGGAGCAGCUGCUUGCCAGGACAGCUCAGAAGAUUGGGGUCUCUAAGCAGGCGCUAUACUAUAGCUGCUUGAGAAAUUUGGGAGGUUGUCAAGUGAGCAUUUUAUGUGGGACGACAAAAGAGGCAACAAUGCAGGAAGUGUUGGCGGGAUUGGACAAGCUGCAGAGAUACCUGCUGGAGAGCGAGGAAAACAAGAAGAUAUGGCAGGUCUGUGUUGAUCAUGUGAGAUCAAUCGCUAAUGGUAUGUAA